GACAUCUUUGACUUUGACUUUGCACUCCGGCCAUGGCCCAUGAGUCACCGAUAUUCUCGAAGUUAUAGGUGUUGUUUUUCAUCAGAAAACAUUCAAAAAGCCAAAUCAUUCUUCUCGGCAUCUUAGUUAACGCUCAAGCAGGACCUAAUCAACAAAAAUGAGUCUCCAGUGGACCAUUAUUGCGACAUUUUUGUACGCGGAAAUUGCGUUCGUGCUAUUGUUAGCUUUGCCGAUCGCAAGCCCUACGAGAUGGAAUAAGUUCUUCAAAUCUAAGUUUCUCGCUUAUGUAAGUGCUCAAGCAUCGAUUUACUUCGUGGUGCUGAUCGCUGUGCUGGUAUUAUGUCUUCUCGACGCUAUUCGGGAGAUGCAGAAGUAUUCAAAUAUAGAAUCGUCCGACCACCAGCAUUUGGACGCCGAGAUGCAAGGUAGUAUGCGUUUAUUCCGCGCUCAAAGGAAUUUUUACAUCUCCGGCAUUGCAUUGUUCCUUCUCGUUGUCAUUCGUCGUCUGAUUCAGAUGAUUUGCGAGCUAGCCAACCUCUACGCUCAAUCAGAAGCUAAUUUCCGCCAAGCGCAAAGUGCAACGGUCGCCGCGAGAUCUUUGCUCGAAAAACAAGGUGCAGGCGACGAGUUUGCAAAGAAGGACCGCAAAGAGUUAGAAAGUAAAAUAGAACUUCUGGAAAAAGAGUUGGCUAGAGAAAAGAAGGAUAAAGAGGCUGUAAAAUCUCAAGCAGAGAGUUUGAACAAAGAAUAUGAUAGACUUGCAGAAGAGCACAGCAAGUUACAGAAGAAGAUUACAGUUGCAGCUGGAGAUAAGAAGGAUGAAUGAAUGUAGAAAUUAAGUAAAUACAUUUAUUUUUUGCUCUUUUCAUCAUAAUAAAAUUAUAACUAGUGGUGUGCAUAAGGGCAGAGUAUUGAAUUGUAAUUUAUCUUUAAAUCAAAGAAGCUAAUAAUGAUUACUCGUAAUUUAUCUUAAUAUUUUCUAUUUUUCUAUUCUAUUUCUGCCUGAAUUAUAGGAACGAAAAAAAUGGCUUGUAUUAUUUUAAUGGAAUUUUAAAGUGUAGGCGAGUGCCUUAUUGCUUGUAUGAAGUGAAUGCCACUGAUUAUUGCAUAUAUCUAUUUUUGUAACCUACAUCCAUUUGUAAGCUUGUCUAAUCACAUUGUUGAUUAAAUUUAAUUCAUAUGCUGAUGUAACGCUGUGAUUCAUUGUUGAAUUUCACAAUAAUGUCCUGAUGUUGACUCAAAAAGAUUUAAUUAACAUAAAUUAUCAUUUUAACACAUUAGUAAUCGGAUUAUCUGGAAUUUUUGUUGUCCUAGGUCAGGGGUUGGAAAGUAAUUUUGAACAUGAUCUAAAUACUGUUGAAAACUUUUAGUGAGUUCCAGAAACUGCUUAUACUGCUUAUUUGUUUUAUUUAAACUUAAGUUUCAAAAGAAACAUUAAAAAUACAUAUAAUUGGCUUACUAUAGGUGUUAAAAUAAUAAUUUCAUUUCUAAAUUUGCACUUUUUGGCAAAGCACACAGCACAGCUUUAUAAUUUUGUAAAGUGUAUUAAUUAAAAAAAAUACUAUUGUCAAAUAAAAAAAUAGUCUAGUAUAAAAAGAAUUUAUAAUUCCAUGUAAAUUAAUUUUAUAACUUUUCCAAAUAUGUGGGUACUUAUCAAUUUUGUAAUAAAACAAUGAAACUAACACUAAAAACAGAUUUUAUUGUCUAGAUGUGUUUGUUAGUACUAUUUUUUUUAUAAAAGUCUGAGUUUGUUGUGUUGGUAAUGUUUAAGCAAUUUAUUUAAAUGUGUGUGUUUGAGCAUACUUAUGUAAAUUAGUUUAUGUAUGUUUACUGUGUAGGUACUUCCAUAGCUAUUUUUAAUGCUAAUAUUUUUAUUUAUUUGUUUGGAAUUGCUUUUGUAUUUUCAUUUUUUUUAUAAAUACCUAAAUAUAGAGAAUUACCUGUUAAAAUACAUAAUAGUUUUCUUUUCAGAAUGCAUUUUUUUCUUGUUUGUUAAAAAAAUACAAAAAUUUAGCUUUUUUAAAUUUUAAACAGUUGCUUUUAUUAUUCUAAACUACUAAUAUUAUAGUUAUUAUAGGGGAAGUGUACCUAAUUAAGGAUAGGUUUUUCAUGGAAUGAAAUGGUAUAAAAUAAAAUAUGUACUAACUUAUAAA